AAACUAAACAUAAAAUUGAGCAGCCAGUGCCAGUCCAUAAAGUUACACGAGGCCAAAGGAAUAAACUAAUGUAAGAAAAUCCGACAAGCAUCAUAUUUUUCCAUAUUCUUGCAUGGGUGAUGGCUUCUUUCUAGUCCUCAUUUAGCUCAGCCUCGAUGCCUCACUUCUGACUAUAUAUAUGUACAGUUCAGUUAUUCUCUGCAAUCACACAAUUGGUUGAUUUGAUUCAUAAAACAGAAAUGGAUAUUGCAGAAGAAAGGUUGAAAGGGCAAGCUGAAAUAUGGGAGCAAAUGUUUGCAUUUGUAGAUUCAAUGGCAUUGAAAUGCGCUGUUGAACUUGGUAUACCCGAUAUCAUAAACUCUCAUGGCCGUCCGGUAACUAUGUCGGAGAUCAUCAACAGCUUGAAAACAACCACAUCAUCAUCAUCAUCAUCUCCGAACGUUGAAUAUCUUACGCGUGUAAUGAGAUUAUUGGUUCAUAACCGUGUAUUCUCUUCCCAAUUUCACCAAGAAAGCAAUGAAACCUUGUAUGGUUUAACUCGCUCAUCAAAAUGGUUAUUGAAAGAUUCUGAAUUUAAUGUGUCGACAUUGGUUUUAUUCGAAACUGAUCCGAUAUUAUUAAAACCAUGGCAAUAUUUGGGUGAAUGUGUUCAAAAAGGUGGUUUUCCUUUUGAAAAAGCUUAUGGGUGCAAGAUUUGGGAGUUUGCUUUAGCUAACCCUCAAUUUAAUGAGUUUUUGAAUAGUGCACUGCGAUGUACAACUUCAACAAUAAUCAACGAGAUGCUAGUCGAAUAUAAAGAUGGAUUCAACAGCAUAAAAUCGCUUGUUGAUGUCGGUGGUGGUACUGGGACCAUGAUGGCUCAAAUAGUUGAGGCUAAUCCACAUAUAGAAGGUAUCAAUUUUGAUUUACCACAUGUGGUGGCUACAGCACCUGAUUACCCAGGGGUUAAGCAUGUUGGUGGUGAUAUGUUUGUUGAUAUACCUGAAGCCGAUGCUAUCAUGAUGAAGUCGGUAUUGCACGACUGGAACGAUGAAUACUGCGCAAUGAUUUUGAAGAGUUGUUAUAAAGCAUUAGCAAAGAAGAAAAAUGGGAAAGUCGUACUUGUUGAAGGUGUAUUGCAACCAAAUAGUAACGAUACAUUUGAUAAAACAGGAUUGUUGUUUGAUAUGGUGAUGAUAGCACAUACUUCAGCCGGAAAAGAAAGAACUGAAGAAGAAUGGAAGAUACUAUUGAAUAAUGCUGGUUUCCCUCGGUAUAAUAUCAUCAAAACUUCUGCAUUUCAUUGUAUUAUCGAGGCUUUUCCAGAAUAAUCAAGGAGUAACCUGCUGGUACUCUGAAGCUAAAAUACAAAUGACCUCUGAGGUGUAGUCUACUAGUGUGCUUAAUAAGAUUCUUAUCCCACAGACGUUUGGGAUAGAGACACAUUAGUAUUCUAUGUUGUGAGAAUGUGAGCUUGAGUGUUUGAAUUUUCCUUCUUUGCUUUAAUUUGAAGUUCCAGGAGAAUAAUAAAUUUUCUUUGACAUUUUGCAGUAAA